AUGAGUUCAUCGAUGGAGCUGAAUCUGCUAGAAAAGCGGCAACGAAAACUGCAAGGACACCUGAAUUGGCUUAAACGUAUGUAUUUGGGUUUUGAUUUAAUUAGUAAACAUUGAUUUAGAGUUUUAAAAUACCAAUGAUGUUUCAAACUUUAAAAAAACAACAGCGUAACUUUAAACAUGGUUUUAUAAAAUACCGUAUAACUCCCUGUUAUUAAAGUGUGAUUUUAUGAUGAUGUACAACAAUUCCUUUCAUAGAUUUUGUCUUUUAAAGUUGAAUUAUCAGAAAUCGUGGAAAUACCUCAUGGCCUAGAAGCUUUCAAAAACCAAUCUUUCACCGACUUUAAGAUUUUAGUUGGCAAAAGGACAUUCCUUGUGAGUUUUCUUGUUUUUGUUUCCGUAUCUUAUGUAUCUUUCAAUCUUAUUUGAAACAAGCUUAGAAUUGGGUUUUUAGCUUUAUUUAACUAAUUUUAGGUAUCAAAAGUGAUAUUGGCGAUGAAAUCAGAAGUUUUCAAGACAAUGUUUGAAUCUGGAAUGAAAGAAGCUCACACUGGUGAACUGAUCUUAAAUGAUGAUGAUGAAGAAUCAGUUGAAGCGAUGUUACUCUUUAUUUAUGGCAACAAGAAGGUUGAGGAUUUUACUACGGCUGUAAAAGUUAGACCUUACACUAUCAUGGUUUCAGUCCAACGGCUACACUUCGAAAUAUGUUUUUUGUUUGAUACGUUUAGUUGA